UGCUUUGAAUUAUAAAAGAGUAGAAAAAGACAAAGAAGACUUCUCCAAUGCUCAUUUUUGACCAAUCACAUACUCUUCUUCUCCUCCAAUAUUCAUCAUUUUCAUCAGUUUUUUUCUUCUCUCAACGCCUAUUGCCUUUCUUACAUUUCAACCAAAACUUUCCUUCCUUCCUUCUACACUUUUGAAUCGUCUCUUUCCCUCUGUACCUCCGGCGACUUUCUGUUUAAGGCUCCUAGAUUGAAGGAGAAUGCCGAAUUGGGAGCUUAGGAAUUGCUGUCACCGUGAUCAGGUUCUCUUCUUAGUAACCAUUGGGGUGUUCACUCUUGUAAUCCUCGCGCUAUGGAGGACGUUUAUAAUCACUCCUUUUAAGCUCAUUACUGUUUUCCUGCACGAAGCAAGUCAUGCAAUAGCUUGUAAGCUUACCUGUGGUGAGGUGGAAGGAAUCCAGGUUCAUGCAAACGAGGGAGGAGUAACUCAAACACGUGGUGGUGCAUAUUGGUUGAUUUUGCCUGCAGGAUAUCUUGGAUCAUCAUUUUGGGGAAUGGCUAUGAUUCUCGCAUCAACCAAUCUUCUCACCGCUAGAAUUGCAGCGGGUUGCUUGGGUUUAGCUCUUCUUGUUGUCCUCUUCAUUGCUAAAAAUUGGACGCUUAGAGGACUUUGUGUUGGAUUCAUUAUUUUCCUUGCGGUGGUUUGGGUUCUACAAGAAACGACUACAGUUCGCAUACUUCGUUAUGUCAUUCUUUUCAUUGGUGUCAUGAACAGUUUGUUUUCAGUUUACGAUAUAUAUGAUGAUUUGAUUUCACGAAGAGUCAAUUCGAGCGAUGCUGAGAAGUUUGCGGAACUGUGUCCAUGCCCUUGUAAUGGAAUUGGUUGGGGAGUCAUUUGGGGAAUGAUAUCAUUUAUCUUCUUAUGUGCUUCAAUAUAUCUUGGUCUUGUCAUUCUAUCUUAAGGCUAUAUAAUUACUGUUUCAGAAGUUAAUUGCAAAAUUCAUAGAAGAUCAUUCAAAUCUAAGCUUCAAUUUCAUGAUCAGGUUCAGGUUUAAAAUGUGAGUAUUGAAUCUUUAAAUUGCUCGAGUUCUUUGUUGGGUGGCUGCGUCUAUCCCCAAGCUUUUAUACUUCGGAGUUUGGAGAAAAGCCUCUUUUUGUUCUAACCAUCCUCACUUCCAGCCUUCAAUUUUACAUAUAUUUUGUACAAAAUUGUACUCUCAUAUUCUUUAUUCCCUUUUCAUUAUUAUUACUAUCAUUGUUAUUAUUAUUAUUUUGAACUAUAAACCUUCCAAAUUUAAUUAUUGGUUACACUUGCAAACGUGGAAUUAUCUUUAAAUUUUGAUUAGACAACCAUUGAAGUACCUA